GAGAGAGAGAGAGAGAGAGCGAGAGAGAGAGAGAGAGAGAGAGAGAGAGAAGACAGAGAAGCAGAGUACAUGUGUGUCCGUGUUGUUGAAGGAGAUGCUGCUGGGUGUGAUGGUUCUUUUGCAUUAGUACUUGAGCAGACAGGAGAGUUGGAGCCAGUCAUUUUGUGGGACUCACGGGGAAUGGCAAACUCCACGGUAUCCUUGGAAACAUCCGACUAAAUGACAAUGGCUGAGGCUAUCUGCUGCACUUUGGUGAACUGUAACUGUGACAGCUUCAAACCUGGAAAACUGAAAAGGAGGCAAUGUGAAAACUGCAAGCAUGGCUGGGUAGCACACGCCCUGAGUAAACUGAAGGUGCAUCACAUGUACCAGAGCAGCCAGGUGGAGAUUGUGCACUCCAACGUAGUGUUUGAUAUCUGCAGCCUGAUGCUGUACGGCACCCAAGCCAUCCCAAUCCGCCUCAAGAUCCUCCUGGACCGCCUCUUCUCUGUCCUCAAGCAGGAGGAGGUUAUCCAGAUCCUCAACGCACUUGACUGGACACUGCAGGACUAUAUACGAGGAUACGUGCUCCAGGAUGUAGCAGGGAAGGUGUUGGACAGGUGGGCCAUCAUGACAUUUGAGGAAGAGAUUGCCACACUGCAGCAGUUCCUGCGUUUCGGUGAGACAAAGUCUAUAGUGGAGCUAAUGGCUCUGCAGGACAAGGAGGGCCAGGCGGUAUUGGUUCCCAGCACCCGCACCAACUCAGAUAUCCGCACUUUCAUUGAGCGCAACACCCCACGUACUGCUGCCAAUCUCUCUACAUCCAAAGUUGAUAAGCUGAGCGGCAACAGCAUGCACCACUUUGAGAACUUUAUCAACAGCAUGGCUUUCAUGCUUCCAUUCCAGCUGUUAGGCUCUGUUCCUGCACCAUUUCUGGGCACACCAACAGGGGCACUGCAGCAGCAACACCAGCAGCCAUGUCGUGGAUCAAUGGAGCAACAGAGUCAGAGACGAGAUGAUCAAGGGCAGGACGGUUUGGGGAGGGAAAACCCCAUAUCUCUUUCACACCCUCCACAGAGCAGUUUGCUAAGUUCCACCUCUGUCUUAUUCACUGCUGAUCAUGACCAAAGUGGAGACCAGCCAAUGGACAGCCUCUCCACCACCACAAAGGUUGAGGCAGAGGACUUCUCCACUAGUGACAACUAUUCGGAUGGACCCUCUACACCAUGCACACCCUCCAUGAGCUCUGAUGUAACACAGAUGUCACCUGAGGGCAAAUUGCGCUCCCUGGAAAGGAAUGGGAGCAGCAGUGGAGGGGUCUCAGGAGGUGGUGGUGGGGGCUCUCUAAAGAAGGGUCGAGUAUUUUGCAAUGCCUGUGAGAAGACAUUCUACGACAAAGGCACACUGAAAAUCCAUUACAAUGCAGUGCACCUGAAGAUUAAGCACAAGUGUACAAUCGAAGGCUGCAACAUGGUCUUCAGCUCAUUGCGUAGUCGCAAUCGCCACAGUGCCAACCCAAACCCACGGUUACAUAUGCCCAUGAACCGUAACAACAGAGACAAAGACCUGCGUGGUAGCUUGUCUGCUGAUGAGAACUCUCAAGGAGAGAAGAGGUCUGAAUAUGGAAGCCCUAUCUCAGUCUGCACUACAGAAAGCCAUAAAUCAGUGCCCAGCUACAUGGUGAGCCAUGUGGACACUAGCUCCAAACUGCACAACAGCUCAUUUCCAAACAUGGGCCAGAGUGGCAUCCUCUUCCCCAAUUUAAAAACAGUCCAGCCAGUUCUGCCAUUCUACCGCAGCCUGGUAACCCCAGCAGAGCUUGCAAAUACCCCAGGAACACUACCCUCCCUUCCUCUGUUGUCCUCCUCUGUACCUGUCAAACCCAUCACAGCCCCUGAACCCUACAUGACAGACCCUAUACCAAAGAAAAAGUCUCGGAAGUCAAGCAUGCCAAUAAAGAUAGAGAAGGAGGUGGUGGAGCAAGAUGAACAGAUGGAUAAGGACAGCAGCUCUGAAGAUGAGAUUCCUUUACAGAGCAGGGACAAGGAAGAGUAUGAUAGCCGAGGUAGUCGAGCAGAUGGGCACAUGUGUGCCAGACAAGCUGGGGAGGAGAAGGAUGCAAGAGAUGCUUACACUGGUGAUGAGAAGGAAAGGGUGGGUGCCAAGCAUCUGUCGGACCAAACCAUAAGUAGACAGAUUACAGAGAGAGAGGACAAAGAUGAUGGACCAAGGCAAGCUGAAACAGGGGUCAUCGCCUGUGCAUCCCCCAUUUUUGACAAUAGACUGAAUGAGAGUCACUGUGACAACAACUUACUUAGUCAGGAACCCAGUGGCAAUGAAGAAAGAGAGGACAGGGAGCAUGCAAACUCUCUGCAUGCAUCUGACAAGAUUACAGAGCUCAGGUGGGAUGAGGGUGAGCACAGGCUCACUAACGGGGCAGCUCCCCAGCUCACAGACCAUGAUAGGGAUGGAUCCGAUGGCUGCGUAGACGACCAUGGUGACUCAGGUUUGUCUCAGCUCGACCCCAACGCUGACCUGCCACACCACUGUGAGAUUUGCAGUAAGACCUUUAAGAACCCCUACAGUGUCAAGAUGCACUACCAAAAUGUCCAUCUGAAGGAGAUGCACAUGUGCACAGUGGAUGGCUGCAAUGCUGCCUUCCCCUCCCGCAGGAGUCGAGACAGACACAGUGCCAAUUUGAACCUUCACCACAAGCUUCUGACCAAAGACUCAUUCAGCAUAGCGAACACCCUCUACACGUCCUCAUCCCACUCUAGAGACAGAGACUCUGUUGGCCUAGACUACUGCCAAGACCAGCGGGACAGAGAUCUGCUCCAUCGAGACCCAAGUAGCCAGACCUCUGUCAUCUUCCGCGGACACAACCGUAUGGGCCUGGUCUUCCCUAUGAGCAAAAUGUCUACUGCAUCAUACAGUGCUGAGGCAUCCCCUUUAGGAGAGAUGGAGGGAUUAGGAAUAGGCAGAGAAAUUGGUGGAAGUGGGGAUGAUGGGGCAGUCCUAGACCUGAGCACCUCUUCCUCUGCACCACCUCAUGGCAAUGGCAGUGCUCGAUCUUCUUGGGACUCAGAUGGAGCCGGUAGUGAGGAAGGAGAAGGGAUUGAAGAGGAUGAGGAGGUGCUCCCCAUGGAGGACAGUGAUGAAAGCUGUGAUGGGAUUAGUGUGGGGAGGCCUGGAGGUGAGGAGUUACCACCUGGGGGAGAGAGGACCCUGGGCUGCAUCGGGGGAGGACAAGUUGGGCUUCAGGGCAGUGGCAGUGGAUCUCCAAUAACCUGCCACGUCUGCCAAAAGGUCUACAGCAACAAGGGCACAUUCAGAGCCCAUUACAAGACUGUGCAUCUUCGACUGCUCCACAAGUGUAAAGUCCCAGGCUGCGAUACAUCCUUCUCCUCUGUGCGAAGCAGAAACAGGCACAGCCAAAACCCAAACCUUCACAGGAACCUUGCUGUCAGCUCAGGUCCUGUAAUAGACCAGGAGUAGGGAUUUGAACUUUAUGCCAACAUGACUGAUUUCUAAUUGUCUUUUUGUUGUUGUUGUUGUUGUUGUUGUUGUUUUGUUUGUGGGCACCUAAAGAAGGCACACCAAUUAGCACUUUUAUAAUUCCAUAUUGUCAUCCAUCCUGUUGUCAUAUUUUGGGAAAAAAAGAGAACAAAAAUUACAAUCAUGAGUUCAUCCAUUGUGACAAAUACUACUUUUUUUUUGGAACAGAUGCAACACAAAAAAAUGCAUUUACAUGCAUCUUUCUGUGACACAACAUCAACAUGUAAAGAGCAAAUAAAACAUACACCUGUCAGUCAUCAGUCAGCAUUGAUUGAGCGUUCUUAAUCAGCAUUGAUCUCAAUCUGUUAUUAAGCGGUACUGAUUUGUUUGUAUUGGUUUGCCUUACA